ACAAUUUUCUAUAUUUUUGUGUGCGUCUACAACUGAUGGAUGGCAAUGCCCAAAAUAUGUUUCACGGAAAUCAUCAAGGAGAUCCCUAUUACCGCUAUGAUCCAGCCGCUGCCGCAGCAGCUGCGGCUGCCGCAUCUCCACGGGCGAUGGGACCACCCGGUGGCUAUCCCCGACACAGAGGCCCCCAUCCAUUACAACAACAGCCCCAAUAUCCUACGUAUCAACCAACGGCGGAUAACAUUUAUGGCCUAAGUGCCGCCGAUCAACAUGCCGGCAUGGGUAUGGGGGAUCUGAGCGGUUGGGGUGCCGCUCCCACUGUACCCGGCCAGGCCGGAGCAUAUCCAGGCGCCACACUAGGAGCUUAUGGUCAUCCCCAGGCGGGGCCACCGACACAGCAAAGGCAAACUGCAACACAGCCAAGUUAUCGUCAACACAUGCCCGCCUAUGGCCAACAGGAUCAACAAAAACUACCCUAUGGCUCACAGCAAGGCAUGAUGAGCAGUCUGCUGCAGCAGCCUGGACCAAAUGUUGGCCCAGCCGGUGGCUAUGGUGCCCUCACACAACAACAACAGCAACAACAACCACAGCAGCAACAAGCACCUACGCCCCAGCAACAACAACAACAACAGCAGCAGCAACAACAACAGCAACAAAACCAACAAUCACGCCUGCCGCCUCAACAUUAUCCACAAGCUCCCAGCCAACAUCCCCUCUACUCGACCACACCCGGCCAACCGUUGACCCCAGGACCUGGUGGGGUUGUGCCCACCGGUUCGAGUGUAACGGGUGCACCCCAGGGCUAUGGUGUCCCCUAUGGGGCUCCCUUGCAGCAUCAACCCAGUCGAUCGGCGCCCCAGCAUGUGGGUUAUGGCCAUGCUGGACUGGAUCAGCCAAGUCCCUAUGGGCAACAUGUGCCAGGUGGAGCAGCAACACCUGGUGGUGUGCCCAGUCAUCAUCUCAGUGCCCAGCAGCAGGCUGGUCAGCUGGGUUCGCAUAUGGUGGGUGGUCCUGGACCACAACAACAACAACAGCAGCAGCAACAGCCACCACCUAGCAUGCAACAACAGCAUGGUGUACCUCCUGGGUUGGGUACACCACAGCAGCAAAGUACUGCCCAUUUGCUGCAAGCUCAGCAGGGGCAACAGCAACAACAACCACAGCAGCAGCAGCAAUCACAAAAUCAUGUUGGCCUCAUGCAAGCAGCGGGCCAGCAUCAGCAAUUGCCACCACCCCACAUGGGUGUCGGGCCACCCACAUAUGGUGGUCUACAUCAGCAGCAACAAGCCCAACAGCAGCCCCAGCUUCCACCUCAACAACAACCGGUGGGAGGAGCGCCAUCGUACAUGACAUCGGCGGGCAAACAUCAGGCCACAGCAUCGCCUCAAUACAGGGCACCAUUUCCACAACUUUCGCCCCAGAUGUCACCGAGGCCACCAACAAUGUCACCCCACCCUCAAAUGUCGCCAAGACCAGGAAUGUCACCGGCCAAACCACCUAGCAGUCAACAGCAGCAGGGACCUUCGCCUCAGCAGCAGUCACAGCAGCAGCAACAGCCGAGUGUGAAUUCGCCCAGUACCCAGCAACAACAACAGCAGCAGCAACAACAACAAACCACACAUCAUAGUAUAUCGGGUAUGGUGGGCCUAUCUUCACCACGGCAACCAACAACGGCCGGUGGUCCACCCAGCUCCAAGUCGGGUGGUUCGACGCCGGUUAAUACCUUGCAGGCCUUGGAACAAAUGGUAAUGCCUGGCCAAGGUCUAUCGGCUGGCGGUCCUAUGGAUUAUCCCUCGGCCUAUAGGCAAGCAGCAGCGGCGGCGGCUGCAGCUCAACAUGGUCCCAUGGGACCACGUAUGCCAGUGUCGCCACAACAUCAGCAAUGGUCGGCUCAUUUGAGUAUGCAACAAAGUCAGCAGCAGGGGCCACCGAAUCCCAUGAGUGUGGGUCAAAUGACAGCUCCACCGCAAAUGCCACAUCCACAGCAGCAGCAACAACAACAUCAACAACAAAUGGCUAUGUAUGGAGCACCACCACCCACACAUCAUCAGCAGCAACAACAAUUGCAACAGCAACAAGCAUCAGUUGCUGGGCAACAAGGUGCGGGACAAACGCCCACACCCCAUGGCAUUGGCCAACUGACCACACCGGUGUCUCAAGCAGGCCAGCAGCAAUCAACACCUCCUCAUACUCAACCACAUUCGCAUCAGCAACAACAACAGCAUCAGCAACAACAACAACAACAGCAGCAACACCAACAUCAGCAACAACAUUUAUCCGAACAAUUGCAGCAUUCCAUCAAUGAUAUUGUGGGCAAUACAUCAUCCUCAUCAGCAUCAAAUUCCCAGCAGCAGCAACAGUCACAUCAAGCUGCCUCAAUGUCACCCAUGCAUCAUCAGCCACCACCAUCCGCUGGCGGUAUGACAUUGCAUCACAUGACCACACCGGGAGGACAUAAUCAAAUGGGUGGUCCCGGUGAUCAGAUGCAGCACCACCACUCAACAUCACCCUCAUUGCAACAGGCCAGGAAUGUGGAGGCACAGCAUCACACGCAGCAGCAACAACAGCAAUCAUCUGCGGUGACAUUACAGCCACCAAGCAGCCAAAUGCAGCAACAACAAAAGCAGCAAAGUCCACAUCAUCCACAGCAGCAGCAAACACAUCAGCAGAGAAGUCCUCAUCAAGCGCCACCACAUCAUCAGCAACAACAACAGCAGCAGCAACCUUCACCAAUUUAUCAACAGCAGCAACAUGUUUCUCCACCCCAGCCACAACAACAACAGCAACAUUCAUCAUCCCAACCUCCCCAAUAUGGUAGCCAAGAUCCAUUUUCCUCAAUGUUACAACCCCAACAACAACAGCAGCAGCAACAGCAACAACAACAGGAAUCCACACCAUCUUCCAUAGCUUCAACACCACAACAACAACAUCAACCAAGCACCAUGUCACCUGCUCAUGUAUCAUCUCCAUUACCUUCAACUGGCAUGGGAUCUGCUAAUCAACAACAGCAACAACAAUCGCAGCAGCAGCAUCCACAACCGCCAUCAACCCCCUCCACCCCCACCCAACAUCAUCUGAUCAGUGGCAUACUCAAUGAAACUGCCAAUUCCAAUGACUCGUCCACCCUGGCAGUGGCGGCUAAUGAUAGCAACAACAGCAGCAGCAACUCCUCCACGAAUAGCACCGUGAACAAUCAUCCCACCUCGAUACACGACAGCAAUUCGCAAAGUUCGAUAAAUAGCAGCCAUAAUGUCCCCACCCUUGCGGCGGCCAUGGACAAUAGCAGUAAUGGCGCUGGAGGUGCUGUAGGUCUAUUGAAUUCUAAUUCGAAUUCAGGUACUGGACCACUUUGCACAAGUGCCACGACAGGACCCUCCAGCACUAGUGUCGGUAGUGGUGGUGGUUCUUCUUCGGGUGGUAUUUUGGAUAGCGCUGGCGCAAGUCUUUUCGACAACAAUUCCAUGUCUUCGAAUAGUGCGGCAGUGGCCAGCGGCGGCAAUACCACCACCAUUGCAGUCUCUGUGUCGGUCGCAUCUUCCACAGCCGCGGCCAAUCCACCCCAUGCCAGCCUCAUGGUGGAUAGUAAUUCGCAAAGUUCAUUUAUGGGAGCCAUGGCAGCGGUACAGCAACAUGAUAAGCCGCCAGAGGAGCUAAUGGCCCCGGAGAAGCCCACACAUGAGGUGACAAAUCCCGAAUCCCUUCGUAAAGAAGAAGAAAUUUCACGGAGUGCUGAGGACUCCAACAAUGUUGGUGGUGGUGCGGCAGAUACGCAGGAUCACAUUAUCAACAAAGAGCAGAUACACGAAGCGGAUACUCUUAACACCACCACUAAGCCGCCAAUAGAGCCAGUGGCUGGUGAGGACAAAAUGGCAGAUACGCCAAAGGGCUUGGAAUCUAAAUCGGAGAUAACUCCACCACCCGUAACCACCAGCAGCAUGGAUACUUCCGCACCACCCUCAAUUAUGGUGGGUCAACAAACAAGUGGUGGUGUGACAACACUUCCAGCACAAACCACAGCCGGCGGGGGUCCACAACCCCCCAACCCUCCAAUGCCGGUAAUGACAACAGCUACCCCAACUCCAACCAGCGGCAUCGGCAUAACGGCAACCACAACUCCUGGAAUUACCACGCUGCCAACAUAUGCCGCCGAUGGUAGCACCGUUGUCCCGCCCGGCCAACAGCCGCAACUGACACCACUUGGCAUGCCCCCACCACCACAUCCAAUGAUGCCACCAUAUCCUCCACCGCCACCAACACAAGCUGGCCACAUGGGUUAUACACCCUAUCAUCAUGCUCCGCCACCGCCGAUGAUGCAUCAACAGGAAAUCGCUGCCCUGCAGCAGCAACUACAAGAACUCUAUUGUAUGCCACCUCAACAUGAUCAGCAGGAGAAGAUUAUGCGCAUUCAGGAACGCAUCAAUAUGGUACAACAACACGAGAUCAACGACCAGUGUGUUGGUGGACCUCAGUGUCUCUUCUAUCAGUCGAUGCCACCGCAACUGUUUGGUCCACCCUCAGCCAUUAUGCAACAACAAAUGAUUGAAUCGCCACAGGUGUCCAGCACCACAGGACGUGGACGUGGCAAGGGGACCAACAAACCACGUAAGCCGCGUGUCAAGAAAGGUGACAAAGCGGCGGCGGCAGCAGCAGGAGCUGGAGGGGCCACCCCCAACAGCAGUGAGCUGAUGGAUAUAAGUGGCAAUGUUGUCAGUCAGAUGACCCCAAUACCACCCAAUCAACUGCCCGUAUCCGAAGAUUGUGUCACUCAGGGGGCCGGAGAUAAUUCCGUAGUCGGCAUGACCGAAUACAAUGAAGGGGAGGGUGGUGAACAUUCCCAAGAUGUUCACUCGGCCAAUGAGCUGGACACCUCCACAGAUGCGGGCGGCAAGAAAAAGAAACCCCGCAAACCGAGAACACCCAAAGAUCCCAACAAGCCGCCACGCGAACGCACCCCUAAGGCCAAGAAAAUCAAGGAAGGCCAGGAGGGCGCCGAUGGAACCACCCCAGCAGCGGCUCGUAAACGUAACGGCAGCAACACAGCACGCAAAAAGAAAUUGUCCGAUGAUGGGGGCGAGGGUGGUGGCGCCGCCGAUAGAACAGCUGAGGGUAGUGAAACUGAAGACAACAAACCCUUGGUGGAGAAAUCCACUGAAUCUAAUGCGGAAACCUCCGAGGAACAGGAUUCGGAAAAUAAACCCGAAACCACAACCUCUGAUGAGGCGGCUGUGUUGAAAACUACAACCACCACCCUAGACGGCGGAGAACCACAAGAUUAUGAUGAUAUACCCGUCUCGAAGAUACCCAAAGGUGAGGGUGCUGCCGCUGAUACUGGCGGCGGCGGAAAUACAGAGGUGGGUGAUGAAACUGUAGACUCCAUACCCGAUUCAGCAGGCGAUACCACUGCCACUCCGACGAGAGCCAAAAAGAAACGACGUGGAGGUCGUGGUGGCGGAGGCGGCGGUACAGGUGAUGAAGGUGAAGGCGGCGGCAGCAGUAGUAGACCCAGACGUAGUCGUGGCGGUAAUCUCUCGGCGAGGGCUUUGAAGAAGCGUCGCAAUCGUGGCCGCAUUGUACCCGAAUCCGAUGGUGAAGAUGAUAAUCUGGAGAGGACACCACCACCUUCACCACCGCCAGAAUCUGAAUUGGAUACGAGUAAGCGUCGUUCCUCGCGCAAUACUCAACGCAAAAAAUAUAUCGACGAUGUAAUGUUACGCUUUUCCGAUGAAGAGACGGAAUCUCUGUUGGGGGCUUCGCCCUUGAAGAAGGACAAAAAGGGAGCUGCAGCAGCGUCAUCGGCUGCUGCCUCCACAUCAUCGGCAGCAGCUGCCACCGCCGCGGUAAGCAGUAAUUCCAGUGAUGGAGAAAAUGCCCUGCAACAGGCGGCCACUAGUUCCGCUGCCGGAGGAUGUGGAGACAGUAAUCAGGAACCAGCCACCACCACCGAUGACAAGUCCAAUUUGGCCGAAGAUAUGCAGGGAGGUGGUGGUGAGGCCACAUCCAGCACUACAACACCCUCAAUACUGCAAGAGAAAUCGGAAAAGUCGCAGGAUGCUACCGUGGCACCCACGGCCUCAGCCAAGCCGAAUUAUGUCUACAUCAACACCGGCGAUGAGGAUAGUAUGGUGGUCCAAUAUGUAUUGGCUGUAAGGAUGGGUAAACGAGAACUACUGCCAGAUCCUCCCACCCCACCACCACCAAAAGAAGAGAAGGAGGAGGCAGAAGAGGUCAAGGUGACCGAAGCAGGUGGAGAGGAGAUAAAGAAAGAAAAAGAGGGUGCGGAGGAGAAGGGGUCUUCGUCAGAAACAAAAGAUGAGGGAGAAACUGCCAAAGCAGAAGGUGAAGAGGAAGUAAAGAAAGAAACCGAGAAAGAUGAAGAAAAAUCCGAAAAGGAAGAACAAGAAGGUGGAGAUGAAACCACCACCCCCUCAACGGAGAAAUCCAAAGAGAAUGACAUGAAGACUGAAGAUGCCACAGCAACAGAAACAGAAGAAAAAAUGGAUGUCAGCAGCACAGAGGAGGAGGCGAAGGAAAAGGUGGUUAAAAAAGAAGAGGAAGAAGUGAAUGAAAAAUCCAAGGCGGAUGAAGCUGAAACUAAAAAAGAAAAUGACGAAGCCACAACCACCGGGGAGAAGAAGGAAGAAAAUGAAGCCACUGCUUUCGCCGAAGCCAUGGAUGUUGAUGAGGAGGAGGAGAAAAAGCCAGAAGUUAAGAAAGAGGGUGAGGUAGAAAAUGAAAAAGAAGAAGAAAAGAAGAAAGAAAAAGAGCAUGGCAGUGAAGCCAUGGAAGUUGAUGCGGCCGCUGAAAACGCCGAUGAAGAAGAAAAGAAGGCCACAACAGCCACCAGCAGCAGCAACGAUGAAACUAAAGAGUCCAGCUCCGAAGAUGCUAAGAAACCAGAAGAGGAGUCACAAGAAGAUAAGAAGGAAACUGCUGCUGAUGAUGAUAAAGUGGAAAAAUCCGAAAAGGAUGAAGAAAAACCAAAACCCGAACCUGUAUUCAUCGAAGUCGAAGAAUAUUUGGUUAAAUAUCGUAACUUCUCCUAUCUGCACUGCGAAUGGCGCACCGAAGAGGAGCUGCUGAAGGGUGAUCGUCGUGUUUGUGCCAAAAUUCGCCGCUUCCAACAGAAACAGGCCCAACAGAUGAGCUUCGAAACUCUCGAUGAGGAAUAUUUCAAUCCUGAUUUUGUUGAGGUCGAUCGUGUCCUCGAUAUGUCGGUGCACACCGAUGAACAGACCGGUGAGACCACAAAACAUUAUCUGGUCAAAUGGAAGUCGUUGCCCUACGAAGAUUGCACCUGGGAACUGGAGGAGGAUGUCGAUGAGGAGAAAAUCGAACAAUAUUUACGUUUCAACAAGAUACCACCACGCUCCGAGUGGAAGGGUAAACGCAGGCCCACACCCGACCAGUGGAAGAAGCUGGAAAAGACCCCCGUCUAUAAGGGUGGCAACACCUUGAGACCCUAUCAGCUGGAGGGUUUGAAUUGGUUAAAAUUCUCUUGGUAUAAUUCGCACAAUUGUAUCCUGGCCGAUGAAAUGGGUCUGGGCAAGACUAUACAGAGUUUGACAUUUGUCCACUCCGUCUAUGAAUAUGGCAUACGGGGUCCGUUCCUGGUAAUUGCCCCGCUCUCCACCAUACCAAAUUGGCAGCGUGAAUUUGAGAGCUGGACCGAUAUGAACAUUGUCGUCUAUCAUGGUUCGGUGACCAGCAAACAGAUGAUCCAAGAUUAUGAAUUUUUCUAUAAGACCGAAUCGGGCAAGAUGCUCAAGGAACCGGUGAAGUUCAAUGUACUAAUCACCACCUUUGAAAUGAUUGUCACCGACCACAUGGAUUUGAAGCCAUUCAAUUGGCGCCUCUGUGUCAUCGAUGAGGCCCAUCGACUCAAGAAUCGUAACUGUAAGUUAUUGGAUGGUUUGAGGCAAUUGAAUUUGGAACAUAGGGUCCUGCUGUCCGGUACUCCAUUGCAAAAUAAUAUGGGUGAAUUGUUUUCGCUGUUAAACUUCUUGGAACCAAGUCAAUUUUCUUCGGCUGAAGAAUUUAUGUCGGAAUUUGGUAGUCUACGUACCGAGGAGGAGGUCAACAAGCUACAGGCCCUGCUCAAACCCAUGAUGUUGCGCAGAUUGAAGGAUGACGUGGAGAAGUCGUUGGCUCCCAAGGAGGAAACCAUUAUCGAGGUGGAAUUGACAAAUAUCCAGAAGAAAUAUUACCGCGGUAUUUUGGAACAGAAUUUCGCCUUCUUGAAGAAGGGAACCACUUCGGCAAAUAUUCCCAACCUAAUGAACACCAUGAUGGAGCUGCGUAAGUGCUGUAUCCAUCCCUAUCUGCUGAACGGUGCCGAAGAACAAAUCCAAUACGAUUAUCGCAAUCAACACGGCGAAGAUAAUGAAUCGUACUACAAGAACAUUAUUCAGUCCUCGGGUAAAAUGGUCCUCAUCGAUAAGCUGUUGCCCAAACUGAAAGCGAAUGGUCAUCGCGUUUUGAUUUUCUCGCAGAUGGUUCGUUGUCUGGAUAUUCUCGAAGAUUAUCUGAUCUAUCGCAAAUAUCCCUUUGAGCGUAUCGAUGGUCGUAUUCGUGGCAAUUUGCGUCAAGAGGCCAUUGAUCGCUACUCCAAACCCGGCUCGGAUCGUUUUGUAUUCUUGCUCUGCACCAAGGCCGGUGGUUUGGGUAUUAAUUUAACAGCUGCCGAUACUGUCAUCAUUUAUGAUUCCGAUUGGAAUCCGCAAAACGAUUUACAGGCCCAGGCCCGGUGUCAUCGUAUUGGCCAACGUAAAAUGGUCAAGAUCUACCGUCUGUUGUGUCGCAACACCUAUGAGCGGGAAAUGUUCGAUAAGGCCUCGCUCAAAUUGGGUCUCGACAAGGCUGUCCUGCAAUCGAUGAACACACAAAAUUCCAAAGAUGGUAGCAAUAAACAGCUGACAAAGAAGGAAAUUGAAGAUCUGCUCAAGAAGGGUGCCUAUGGCGCUGUCAUGGAUGAUGACAAUGCCGGCGAUAAAUUCUGUGAAGAAGAUAUCGAUUCAAUUCUCAAGAGACGUACCCAAGUUAUUACCAUGGAAUCGGAAAAAGGUUCCACGUUCUCAAAGGCCUCAUUUGCCGCUUCUGGCAAUCGUUCUGAUAUUACCAUUGAUGAUCCGGACUUUUGGACGAAAUGGGCAAAGAAGGCGGACAUCGAUCCCGAUGCUGUGGAACGUGAUGAAACUGAAGAUUUGGUAAUAUCCGAACCAAGACGUCGUACACAAAUAAAACGUUACGGUCAUGAAGAUGUUAUGGAAAUGAAUUCCGAGGAGUCAUCGAAUGAGAAUAGCGAUGAAGAGGGUGGCAUUGGUAUCCGUUCGACAAGACGUUCACGCAAAGAGAAACGUGAACGCGGUCGUGAUAAGAAAGCCAACGAGGAAUAUGUGCCAAGGGAACGUGAUGCAUUGGCUGCGUUGGGUUUGGAUGAGAUACAAUAUGGUAAUUGGGCGAAGUCGGAAUGUUUCAAGGUGGAGAAGGGUCUGCUGUCGUUUGGCUGGGGCCGCUGGCCAGAAAUCUUGGAAUUGGGACAAUUCAAACGUGGAUGGCGUGAUAUUAACGUUGAAGACUGUUCACGGAUAAUUCUCCUCUAUUGUUUGCAAGUCUACAAGGGUGAUGAAAAAAUCAAAACCUUUAUCUGGGAUCUCAUAACGCCCACCGAGGAUGGUGAGGUGACAAAAAUCAGCAGGGAUCAUAGUGGCCUCCAUAAUCUGGUGCCACGAGGUAGGAAUGCAAAAGGUCGAAAUGGUGGUAAAACUCAAAAAGAAGGUGAAGCAACUACUACGAGUGGUGGUACCACACCAACACCCACAGAUUCUUCAGCUACAGCACCACCAACGCCGGAAAGUACUGGUGGUGGUGAUUCUUCGGCCGCCGCUCCUGUCGCCGUUAAACCCCCCAAGAAAGAACUUGGUACACAUGGUCUGCAAAAUAUUCAGGACCCGAGCCACUGGAGUAAACAGGAAAAAUAUGAUGCUGAUGCAUAUCUAGAGGGGGCAUAUAAAAAACAUUUAAGCCGUCACGCGAAUAAGGUAUUAUUGCGUGUCCGCAUGCUGUAUUACAUACAACACGAGGUGAUUGGAGAUUUGGUGCAACAGAUUAAGGAUAACACACCUGUCAGCGAAUUGCCAAUACGCCCUCCGACAAUGGCCGAAGCUGUACCCGCCUCUUGGUGGAAUCCUCCCUGCUGCGACAAGAGUCUUUUGGUGGGCACUUUCAAACACGGCUGUGAAAUGUAUCGUAUAAUGCGUAGCGAUCCGGCCCUAUGUUUUGCUGGACAUGUUGGUGCCACAGCCGCAACGGAGGAGACAACCGUUGCCAAUUUGCCUGUCGCCGAAGAAGAUGCCAAUUCCAAACAAGAUGCCGACAAUGAAGAAGUCGAUGAUGAUGGAACUGCCACCAAAGACUCCGAUUCCACCAAGUUGACAACGGGCGAUAAAGACAAAGAUUCUUUAGAUCCACCCGAACGUCCCAGCUCUUCGGGUAAGAAUAAAAAAUUGGCCAAAAAAGCAACCGCCGAUGCAACAGUUACAGUGGCUGACGACAAUGAAAAGAGUGGUAAAACCGAUGCAAGUGAUGGUACUGCUGCUGUCGAAGAGGCGGCGGCAGACGCAGAGGAGGAGAAUAAAACAAAUGCCGAAACAACAACAACCACAACAGUUGUUGGUAAAAAACGUAAACGCUCCAAAUUAGCCGAAGAAGAGAUGGCCACGGAAAAAGAUGAUGUUGAAAAGACGACGUCAUCUGCGGAUAAAAAUGAAGCCGAUACAAACAAAUCAGAUAAAGAAGCAACGGCUGAUGUUGAAGAAAUGGAAACAGAAACAGCUGAGGCAGCAUGCAGUAGCAGUACAAGUGAGAAUGAGAAAUCAUCCGAGGCUUGUGGUGCUGCUGCAGAUAGCAGUGAUGCACCGCCUGCGGCUGCUAAUGAUUCCAAUUCUAUGGAUGUAAGUGUUUCAGAAUCUGGUGCUGCUGCAACAGGCGACAAUGUUAACUCUCCUGACGCCAGCACGACCUCGACGGCUGCUGCGGCCAGUAGUACCACAAACACAACACCGGGUGAUACCACACCACAGACAACUACUGAAACUGUUGAUGUCGGCGAGGAUGCUGCUCCAAAUUCGGCCAACAAAGAGGCCAAAAAUACAUCCACCAUCACCUCAACUACCACCACCACCACUACUACCAAUAUAUCUACUACCACAUCUACAUCAUCCACUACCACCACCACCACCUCAUCAUCAAGCUCAACUCCAACUGAGCAACAAACGCAAAAUGAUACUGUUAAUACAACUACUACAACAAACCCCCCUCCUACAACAAACCCCCCAUGUUUAGGCCUAGAUGAGGAGGAGAGUGUGGCCGGUUCAUAUCCACCCACACAAGCGCCGGUCGAUGAUAACUCGGCCACGUUGUGGCCCUCAAUGCAGGAUCUAAAUACACGUUUGAGACGUGUCAUAACCGCCUAUCAACGCAACUACAAGAAGGAAGAAUUGAAACAACAACAAAAAGCCAAGCUACAGGCAUUGGUAUCAUCAACGCCACCCUUAUCCGUACCGACAACACCCACCCUACAAUCAAUACAAUUACAAAUGCAAAACGCUGCUGCUGCUGGUGGUGUUGGAUCGGUUACCGGACCAAUUGGUGGACCACCAGGUGCAGGAGGUGUUAAUACUAUUGGAGGUGGUGGACAAGCAACAACGACACCGUCACAAGAUCCCGGUAGUCGUAGUCUGCAAUCAUUAAUACAGGCAAAUAACAAUACAUUGUCGACGGGACCAAGCACUUCGGCGGCAGCAGCUGCACAAAAUGCCGCCGCCGCUGCUCAAAAUGUGACACUGCAACAACAAUUGCAACAGCAAUCUCAGUCUCUGCAACAACAGCAGCAACAACAGGGUAAUAGUGUUGCCUCGGCCGCCAUAGCCGCCCUAACCUCAACCCCAAUGCCAACGGCCGCCGAUAUCAGCCUAAUGCUGUCCAUACUGAACACAACCGAUGUUAGUCAAUUGGCCAACUUGGAUAUCAAUAAACUGGCCAUGUACUUGGUUAGUAUGAAUAAUAAAAUGGAACGUCAAGGCAAAAUGGAAAUGGUUGCUAAAGAACGUGAAAUGCAACGCCUGCAGUGUAUCCCCAAAAAAUGGAAUCGUCGUGAGGAAUAUGAAUUUUUACGUGUCCUCACCGGUUAUGGUGUAGAUUUCCUUCCAGCCUCCGCCUUGGCACCAGGCACAACAACUGCCACGCCCACUGCUCUCCUGCCCGAUUGGACAAAAUUCAAACAAAUGGCCCAUCUAGAGCGGAAGAGUGAUGAAACCAUGAGUGAUUACUAUAAGGUAUUCAUUACAAUGUGUAAACGACAGGCGGGAGUUAAGCUAAGCGAAAAUGAAAAAGGUCUCGAGGGUAUUAUUGAGGAUAUAAGUGAGGAUCAUGCCAAAUUGAUAUUGGAUCGUUUGGAAUUACUAUCGAAAUUGCGAGAAAUUGCCAAACAUCCACAAUUGGAGGAACGUCUGAAAUUGUGUAUGGUGAAUGCAGACACGCCAGAUUGGUGGGAGCCCGGAAAACAUGAUAAAGAAUUGGUGGCUGCCGUUCUAAAACAUGGCCUUUACCGGUCCGAGACAUUUAUCUUUAACGAUCACACAUUCUCAUUUGCCGAUUCGGAAAAACGUUUCAUACGCGAAUUGGAGGCACAAAUUCAACGCUCCAUUAAACUGGAAGCCAUGAAUGCCGAGAAACUCUCCUCCACGGUUAAAGAUGAAAUUAUCGAUUUGGAUGAUGAACUGCUGACCAAGAGUAGUUUAAUUAAAAAGGAAAACUAUUCGCCCUUGAAGAGUGAGGUUAAAUCGGAACCCAAAGAUGUCAAGGUGGAACAGGCGGCAGAGGAGGAGUGUAAAAAAGAAACCACCUCUGAAGAAUCUAAAGAAGACAAAUCCCAAGACUUAUCUGUGAAAAAGUCGCCAAUUAAAGAGGACAUUGAGUGUCAAGAUUUAACAAAAGACGAUGAUGAUGACGAUGAUUUGCCUUUGGCUUUGGAAAAAUCAAAGGAUAAACUUAAGGAAGCAGAAAAAGAAGAAGAAACUGCUAACAACACCACUGCCAUGGAAACAGAUAAAGAAUCUCCCAAGAAGAAGGAAGCUGACAAGGAUGCAGCUGCUGAUGAAGCCGCCGUCAUGGAUGUUGAGGAACAAGAUUUGUCAACAAAACCUAAAAAAGAAACCGAAGCAGAAGCAGCAGAAGCCUCUUCAUCAGCUGAAGAAAAAUCCAAGGAAAGGGAAAAAGAAGAAGAAGAAAAAGAUAAAUCUUUAGAUGAACAAUCAAACAAAGAAGAAGAAACAAAAACGGAUGAAGAAUCCACAGAAAAGGUUGAAAAGAAAUCCGAAGAAGAAAAAGAAGAAGAAGGUGAGGGUGAAAAAGAAAAGGUUGCUACUUCUGAAACAGAAAAAUCACCUGCCGAAAAAGAAACCAAGGAAGAAAAACCCGAAGAAGAUAAAACAGAAAAUAAAGAAAAGCCAAGCGAAAAAUCCGCACAAGAAGAUGAAAUCUUAGAUUUGGCAACAGCCACAAGUGGUUCCAACGAUCCCGACGAUGAAGAAGUCAUGAAAGAAAAAGAAAAGGCCGUCGAGGAAGAAUGCAAUAAACAGGCGGCCGAACUUAAGGCACGUUUCCCCGACUUGGAAGUUAUACAACCAGGCGCGGCCAAACAAAAACUCGAAAAACCCAAAUUGGAAAUGUGUAUGAUUCGUUGGUUUAAAGAUUUCGCCUUGGAACGGCGUAUCUGUCACAUUGUCACUUGUGUUGAAACUGGCAAAUGGCCAGUGGAUAAAAGCUAUUCAGCAUUGGCUGGUUGCAAGGAUAUGGAUUUGAAGAUUGCCCUGCACGAUGCCAUUCCCCAUUUGAGUGUGGCCGUAGAGAAACGUUCUACAACACCCGAUGUUAUUACAAUUACCACCGAUCAAGGUGUUACCAAACAUUUACCCACAUCCCAAGUGCAACAACAAGUUGCAACGGCUGCGUCGGCAGCAGCAGUGGUGGCACCCCCACCACCCAUUUCAGCUCCUCCGGCACCAAUACCCAUAACACCGCCAGUGAUGACAUCGAACACCAUAACAACACCAAAAAUGUCAUCCACCACCCCGACGGCAUCAAGUAUUUCCUCUGCAGCUGCGGCGGCGGCAGCAGCAGCUGCUGGUCUCUCCGGUCUGGAUGCCAAUACCCUAAAUGCUGCAAUGGCAGCUGCUGUGGCAGCAGCUGGUGGCAAUGCCAGUGCAUUGAGUGCCCUACUACCAGGCAUGUCAUUGACAGCCCUUUCUGGCCUCACCAUACCCAAUGCAAGUGGAGGAAAUUCAGGAUCGGCAGCCACAGCGAAUACCUCGCAAACUACAACUUCGGGCGGCAAGAAACGUAAGCGACACAUUGCCAUUGAUGUGGAAACGGAACGAGCCAAGCUACAUGCCUUACUCAACAGUUCUCAAUCAUUAGCUGCUAAAGAUUGGGAAACCGAAAUUGCAAAUAUGGCUGCCGCUGCUGCCUCGGGAGCUGUCACUGUUGGUGGUAGUUCGUCAAGGCGUUCAUCAUCGGCUGCUUCGCCUGCGGCUAAUUCCUCAUUGGCCUCGGCAUUACAACCACCGCCGGCCCAUCAACAUGCUCCCUUGAGUCGUCAGACAUCGGGACAAUUUAAUAAGCCCGCAGUGCCACCUCUAAAGACACCACCACCAUCAUCGAUGGGCGGUGCCAUGGAUUUGUCAUCAAGCUUGCCAAAAAUGAACAUGGCCGACAUCAUGAAAUCAGCCUCAGCUGGAGCAAUUGAUUUGAGUGAGGUACAAGAUUUUUCAAUGGGUUCCAAGAAAUCAUCGAACUCACAAGCCUCUGCAUCGAGUAUACAUGCUGCUUUGAGUUCAGCAUUCCCCUCAAUGGCCAGCAAAGGUGGUGGCAAAUUAGAUGAUACCCUCAAUAAGCUAAUGAAGAAGAACAAUUGUACCAUUGAAGAACCCGUUGUUGGCAAAGAAAAGAAACGCAAAAAGUUGGAUGAAAUUGUUUUGGGUCUAUCGGCGGCAAAGGAACAAAAAACCUUCCCCGAUCCAUCACUGCCAUCGUCAAAGAAACCUCAAAUACCACCAAGUGUAUCGGUGACACCGGCCAAUGCUGCAUCGGCCAUGUCAUCGCAACAGCAACAAAAUCAAAAACCAUUUACAAUCACUGUUACCACAGUGCCCGGAAAAGGAAAAGGCAGUUCUCAAUCUGCUAGCCAAUCAUCUGGCAAUUCAUCCAGUUCUGGUUUAUCGGCUCUACAGAAUAUGGCUGGUAUGGGUAGUCUAUCGGCCAAGGAUAGUUUGAAUGCUUUAUUGGCCCAGACCAUGGCCACCGAUCCACAAACCUUUAUCAAACAACAACAGAAAAUGAUGCAAUGUUUACCACCUGCCCAGCGUAAAUUAUACGAAAGCAUGUUGGCUGACAUGGAACAGGCCAUGAAAAUGAACACCAAAUAUGGCGGACCCAUGGACACCAAGGUCGACAAAUGGCUAACGGACAUGAGUGCACCCUCAAUGGAUUAUCCCGGCAGCAGUGUUAGCAGUAAUCCCACACCAACAUCCAGUGGCCGAAGAUCGAAUCGUCAAUCAUCUUCCACACCAACUCAGCAAUCGCUGUCUGCUUCACAAAUGUCCUCUUCGAAAUCAUCUGCCUCUCAAUCACACAGCCAAUCGGCAAGUGUUCAACAGCAGCAACACCAGCAGCAAUCAAUGGGUGGACCACCACCUGGUUUAACCGGAGAUGAACCAGUGCCGGUGAUUAACAAACAAACAGGCAAACGCCUAUCCGGCAAUAAGGCCCCACAAUUAAAGAGAUUAAUGCAAUGGCUAACGGAAAAUCCCAACUAUGAAGUUGAUCCCAAAUGGUUGGAACAAAUGCAAAAUCCCAUGUCUGCACCCUCACCCAAACCAAUGGAAUCAAGCUAUUCCAAUUCAAGCAAAAGCCACACUGGUCGCCCAUCGUCAACGUCUAGCAAUGCCUCUUCCAACAGUCAUUCCAAUGCCCAACAACAAUCCCAAUCAACACCCACUUCAAGCUCAUCGAAAAAAUCUUCACGGCAAAGUGCCAUGGAGCAGGCUAACGCUGCUGCCAUGCAACAAUUCGGAUCAUUGGCUGGUUUAAAUCCUAAUCUCUUGGCCAGUCUGCCAGGUUUGGGAUCUUUUGAUCCUAAGAAUCCUUUGGCUGCAUUUGAUCCUAAGAACCCUCUGCUCUCCAUGCCUUUCGCCGGAAUGCCCGGUAUGGGCAACAUACCCGGUUUGGGUAAUCUCAACAAUAUGAAUUUGUUUGCCAGUCUGGCUGGCAUGGGUGGCUUGGGCAAUUUGGCUAGCAUGGAUGCUCAAUCGUUGGCCACUUUGAUGGCCGCAGCUGGACCUGCAUUAAGUGGCUUAGGAGGUAUGCCGGGAUCGUCGUCUUCAUCGAGUGGCGGCGGUUCAUCGAGUAAGAAUUCUGGACAAGGUUCAGGCUCAUCAAAUUCGAAUAAGAAACCCACUAAAGCUGAACUGUUGCAACAAAAUGCAGCCGCUGCUGCGGUGGCUGCAGCUGCAUUGGGAGCUUCUGCACUAUCAACUGGCAAUUCCGGUUCUGGCUCCAAUUCCAAAAAUUCCGGACCAAGUGCUUCGCAAUUGGCUGCUGGCUUCCCAUUCCUUUUCGGCAAUCCCUCUCUGCUGUAUCCUCCCAUGGGUAUGAGUGGUUUAAAUCCCUACUCCUUGGGUUCUACUGGUCUGGGAUCAUCGGGUUUGGGAGCCGCCUACGAUCAAUUGGCUCAACAAUAUCUAAUGAAUGGCGCCUCCUCGGCGGGCUCCACCUCUACCACCCAAACGAAGGCUCAUCAAUCGCAAUCCUCAAAAUCCUCCAAUUCCCGAUCGUCUUCAUCAUCCUCCAAUGCUGCAUCGGCCCAAGCGGCCCAAGCUGCAAAUCUUAUGAAUGCCAUGGCUGCCAGUAUGGCUGGAUCUUCAAAUACAGGAUCCAGUAGCUCACAAAGCAGUUCUCGUGGUCGUCAAUCGUCUGCCAGCAGAGCUGCGGCUCAAGCAUCCGCUGAAAUGGCACAAUUAUCCAGUCUCCUUAUGCCACCCGCCGAUGCCCAGCUUCUGGAACAAUUCUCACGUAUGACCAAUAUGGAUUUGGCUCAAGCCACACGCCUGAUGAACUCUCUGGGUAUGCCACCAAUUUCGGGAGCCAAUACACCAUCUUCAUCCACCGUUAGUGAUAAGAGAUCAUCCUCGUCCAGUUCUUCAGCCAAUGCUGCAGCUGUGGCCGCCCAACAAGCCGCCAAGGAACAACAAAAACUAAUGGAAGCUUUGGCGCGUGGUCAAUUGCCAACCGAUUUGGCAACGUUGCAGGCCUUGUCGCAGGGUAAAUUGCCACCCUCCAUGACAGGUUCGGGAUCGGGAUCAUCAUCCAAUACGAAUUCAUCUUCCAACAAUUCAUCGUCGAGUAAAAGUGCGAAAUCGGCGGCGGCUGCGGCAGCCGCUGCAGCUGCUGCAUCAUUGCCGCAAAUACCUGGAAUGCCUGCCGAUUUUAGUCAAGCAUUCCUGGCUGAGAUGGCAGCACAAGCCAUGGCUGCAGCAGGUGGUCCCUUACCAUUGACCGGCCCCGGUUCCUUAGCCAGUUUAACAGGCAGUUUGGCCGGUUUGACGGGAGGCUCAUCGACGCAAUCAACAUCUUCCUCGUCGGCGGUGACUUCAUCGUCGUCAUCAUCGAAACGACAACGGGAACAAGAUGCACUAGCCAAAGAUGCCUUCCAGAAACAAAUGGACUAUUAUACCAAAACAUUGGGCUUGGGUUCGGGCAUAUCACUGAUACCCACAUCGGCGGCAUCAUCAGCACCAUCGUAUGGCGGCGAUGAUCAUCACAACAAGUCAAAGAGGCAAAGAACUGAAACAUCAACAUCAUCGCUCAAGGAUGAUUUGAAUGCUGCUGCGGCCUUGGCUGCAGCUGGAUUUCCAAUGAAUUUGGGUGGUGGUAUGACGAGCAUAGAGAAGAGCAUACGUGGUGGAGGCGGCAGUAGUAGUGGUAUGGGUGGUGGCGGCGGGUCUUCCUCUGGACCAUCUGGUGGCGAAGCGGAUAAGGUCACUUUGACGCCACUGAAUUCGACUGGUAUUGCAGCCAAUUUACCCUCUCAAACCACCAUAACCAUUGCCCCACCAAUUAGUUCCGGAGCCAGUUCCAGUAGUGAACGUUCCGAACGCAGCGAGUCGAGAAUUUCACUGACCAUAACAAAUGCUGCGGAAGCUGCUAAAAUGCCACCUCCCUAUGAAGAAGCCGACGAACUGAUUAUACAACCAAUACUCAAAAAACCGACGAAUCAGCAACCAAGUCCAUCUGCCAAUUCGUCGUCGCACAGCAAUUCUCAAGCGCAACCAGCACCACCACAACAAUCCUCCUCUCAAGCACCCACCUCACAGGCGGCGAAUUCGUCGGGGGCCAGCUCCCUGCACGGUGGCAGUGUGGAAGAUUUGACACAUGAUUCGGCCAAUAAUAGUGGAUCGUCGCAAUGCGAAGAGACGCGCCGGUCAUCGGGUAGACUAAAACGUCCUCGCUCGGGUGCCGAUCAUUCGCUGAUAUCCGAACAACCGCCAGAAAAACGACGUGAGCUGCGUUCAACACGCCACACCCGACAAUCGUCGUCGGGCAGUGCCGAUAAUUCGUUGAAUCUAUCAACGAACAGUGAAACGGACGAGAGGCCGGAAUGAGGUUUAAGGCGUUUACUACGGAGUAAAUCCAUAAAUAAA